AUGUUUUAUCAGUCUGUGGUGGCAAGUGUUCUGUUCUACGCUGCAGUCUGCUGGGGAGGAAGCAUCAAACACAAAGAUGCAAGACGUCUUAACAAACUGGUGAAAAAGGCUGGCUCUGUGGUUGGACUCAAGCUGGACUCAGUGGAGGAUGUGGUGGAGAGAUCUACACUGAGGAAGGUGGAGACUAUUCUCAAGAACAUGGAUCACCCACUUCACAACACCUUGAUGGACCAAAGGGCCAACGGUGGUGGACGGCUCCUCUCUCUUCGCUGCAGGACAGAAAGAUUCAGAAGAUCUUUUCUCCCAACAGCCAUCAGGCUUUAUAACUCUUGUGUAAAUAGUGUAUAG